UUUGGCAGGAGAGGGAAGGAAGAAAGAAAGGCGGGAGAGAGGGAGGGCUGUUUUUGAGUGAGCGAGUGUGUGUGUGUGUCCCUGAGAAAUAGAGAGAGAGGAAGGAGAGUACUGAGCUGAGAGAAAUCUGUCAGAUUCAAACACACUGUGUGUGUGUGUGUGUAUGUGUGUGUGUGUGUGUCUAUGGUAGAAAGAGAGCGAAGGAUGUAAAGAGAGGUGGAGAGCUGAGGAACACAUAGAAAGAGACCGAAGAGGACCACAAAGUGAGGCCUGCUCACCUAUGGAUCACCGUUCACAUCGGAAACCCAGGGGAUUCCAUGGACGCAUCGACCUGACUCACAUCCCCGCCAAGAGCAGCCAAUCGACACUGAUGCCGAUGCACUGCACUCAGCUGUAGAGCAGUGAGGCCAAGGGGUCAAGGGUGAAAGGUCAUAGACUACUGAUCAAGAGCAGAAGCUGAGGUUACAAGGUUUCAGAAAGGGGGAAGGACUGCGAGGCUCCGAGAAGCUAUCGGGAAGGAGCGUCUCAGUGACAGACGAGGGCCAGGGGAUCGAAGAUGAUGACUUCACAUGGAAAGCUGAGGCGGGAGAAGGGGAGCCUGGCUGAGUAUGAAUCGCAGAUGAAAGACCUGCGGGCCCAGCUGACAGACCAGAUAAAGAUUUUAGACUCUCAGGUGGAGGUAAAACAGCAGCAGCUCUCAGACCUGUCUGAGUUUCUCCGCCGUCGGGGUGACAUCGAGUCUGAAUAUGCACGAGCCCUUGACAAACUCACAGAGAGGUUUACUCAUAAAACAAAAAAGAAGGAGCAGUGGGGUCAGUCCGUGUGUCAGGUCUGGUCUGUUCUGCUGACUCAGACCCGUCUGGAGAGCCGCGAACAUGCAGCACUGGGUGACACCUGCUGCAACACGCUCACACAAAGGCUGGCACACGGUACAGAGGACACACAUCGCCUGCACAAACGGAGCAAAGAGGUUGGAAUCCAGAUGCAAGAUGAGCUGCUGAAGGUUACCACUGAACUGCAGACGGCUCUGAAGACGUAUAACCAGUACCACACCGACUGCCUGAUAGCUGAGGGGAAACUGAAGGAAGCCGAGCGAUUGGAGGAGAGACACACCGGCAAGUCAGCCGAACUGGGCCCCGGACAGCUGGGAGGGCAGAGGCGAAGCUCUGUUAAGAAGAUGGAAAGAUUAAUGGAGAAGAGGCAUGGCAGAGUGCAGGAGACCCAGCUGAAGUGUACCAAGGCUCGUAAUGACUACCUGCUGAAUCUAGCAGGAGCAAAUGCAGCCAUGAACAAGUACUACCUGCAGGAUGUCAGCACCCUCAUCGACUGCUGUGACCUUGGUUUCCAUCUGUCUGUGGAGACAGUGAUGAAAUGCUACCUGGCCAGCAGGUGGCGCAUCCAAAAGACUGAGGAGACGGGGCUUAAGCAGUUGGAGACUGCGGUGACAUCGCUGGACCAGAGUGGAGACAGAGAUGCAUUGCUGCAGCAACAUGACGCCGCCUUCUGCCUUCCGUUCAGAUUCAACUACCACCCACAUGAAGGAGACCAGGUGUGCGAGGUCAGUGCGGAGAGCCAGGUGAGGUACGAGUUGGAGACCAGGUUUCAGCAACUUCAGUCUCGACUUGCUGCCGUUACCUUGGAAACAGAGGAGAUCAGUAAAACGCUUAAAGCCACACUCGCAGCCCUUCUGGACACUAUGUGUGACAGCGACUGUAACCCCUCCCCUGAUGUGCCCAGCAACCUAUCACACGAGCCGCCCGGUGGAGGCACCCUACCAAAACUUACCCUUGCCAAGCGUCGAGCCAAUCAACAGGAGACAGAGACCUACUACUUCACAAAAGUGAAAGAGUUCCUUACCAGCAGCUCUCUGGCCUCCAAACUUCAAGCCAAACAUGAUAUCCUACAAGAUGCCAUACAGAAAGCUGAGGCCGUUGACAGCGACCCUUCCAGAAUGCAAUGUGCUCGGUCAGUGCGUGUUCGGAAGUCCAGACCUGUUUCCCAAUUCUGCCACACACUCUUCAAUACAGACAUACUGUCCUACAUAGAGAGCUCUGGACAGCAGAUUCCUGUGGUGGUUGAAAGCUGCAUUCGCUUCAUAAACCUCCACGGCCUCCACCAUGAAGGAAUUUUCAGAGUUCCAGGCUCACAGAGGGAGGUGAACCUCCUCAGAGAUGCAUUUGAAAGAGGAGAGGAUCCUCUGUCAGAUAGCGAGUGUGACCUGGACUCUGUGGCCGGUGUGCUGAAGCUGUACUUCAGAGGCCUCGAGCCUCCUCUCUUCCCCUACGACAGCUACACUCAGCUGCUGGAGUGUGUCCAAAUCGAGGAGGAGGUGGAGAAAGCCGUCCAGAUUAAAACGAUUGUCUCGACCUUCCCGAGGCCUCUCCUCAUCGUGAUGCGUUACCUUUUUGCUUUCCUCAACCAUGUGUCUCAGUACAGUGACGAGAACAUGAUGCAGCCCUACAACCUGGCUGUUUGCUUCGGUCCAAGCCUGCUGAGGGGGAUGGAUUCUGAUGACGCUGUUGCUAGGCAGCCACAGGUUAACGACCUUGUCAAGACCAUGAUCCUUCAGCAUGACAGCAUCUUCCCCAGCCAAUCGGAGCUGCCGGGCCCUGUUUACGAGAAGCACAUGACUCUGGAGCAGGAGUACUGUGAACCAAUCACAGAAGAGGGAGAUGGGGAGACCGAGCAUCUGCCCAGUGAGGAUGAAUGGGAGGCGGUGGCUAUGUUUGACUACGUGGCGAGAUCCCCGGCGGAGCUUUCCUUCAAGCAGGGAGAGCCUCUCAUCCUUCACAGCAAGGCCUCUUCUGAUUGGUGGCGAGGAGAGGUGGGAGGGGUUAAGGGCCUCAUCCCUCACAAGUACAUCAGUGUGCUGGAAGGGUCAGAUCGAGGGAAAAGAGAAGAAGGAGGAGGAGGUGGAGGAGGAGGCAGCACUGGAAACCUGACAGCAGAAGAUCCACAGACAGAGAACACAACCCGGAUGCGGGUGAACAGCGAUAGCGCUUCGUUGCCAGGACGGCAGAGAGGAAGUGAGGGGAGCCCUAGUCGAAAGCCACCAACCUCCCCCGCCACACGACACCUGCCAGUGUCUCAGGAGCGAAGGCACACUUUGGACACUCUGAGACAGGGAAACUUCAGACCCCCUGACAGACCUCCAUUCAUUCAAGCAGAAAGAACACCAAUUGAUAAGGAGAUGAUCAACCGUCAGAUGAACUCGGUGUUCAAGGAGCUCCUGUCUCGCCAGCCUCCCUUGCAGGGGCCUGGCAUCACUGCACCUGUGGCCACUGCAGCCCCUGCACCCUCCUCCUCCUCCUCUUCAUUGUCCACCUCCUCCUCUGUUCCUCAGUCUGCCCCUGUGGCCAAAAAAGCAGGAUUCGGUCUCAGGGGACGGGCCCUUUUCAGACCGGUGGACUGAGACUGAGAAGGGGACAACCAGGAAAUGAUUGAUUCAUUGUCUGACAAUGAUAGUUAUCCCACCGAUGCCAAUAGUGCAUUUGGGAAAGAUCUUGAUUUUCUUUUCUUCUGUUUUUUCCCCUUUUUUUGGACACGUGUAUAAUAAGUGCGUCUCUGCCAUCUCAUAGUGCCACUAUUCUCUGUGCCGUGUAUGUCCAGUGUCUGGUUUUGGUCUCUUUUUUUGCUUUGUUGUUGUUUUUUUUUAUGGUCUGGUCUGCUUUUGUUCUCCAUGCUUUGGGGAUUUUUGGAGAAUCAGGGAUGUGACUUCACCAGUGAUAUCACCAGACUGACUAUUUAAACGCAGUUGCCAUGAUACUAACUGUACAUCAACAACAGAAGACUAAAACUGCCCCCUAGUGGCAGGUCUGAGAUCAGUUCACCCAUAAACCUUUUUCCUUAUUUAAAAGAAAACUGAUCUGGGGCCUGUGUCUAGGAGUGCCUUCACAUCUUUUACUCUACAUGUUUAAUUCACUUGAAAAGAUCUGAUCAUUUUCAAUUCUGCAUAUUAUAAUAAAAAUGUGACCUAGGCAGAUGUGUAUGGAACCCAAAGUGUUCAGUAUUAGCAGCAAAACAUUGUGGCAUGAUAAAAAGAAAGUGCUCCCUGUUUCAAUUCUAAAGGUUUUAUGAAUCGCUGCAUAAUAAAAAUAAUCUGGUCUUUAGCAGAUCCUAAAAUUAAAUAAAUAUAUCCUUAGAUGAAAUACAAAAUACAACACAUUUUAUUGAGGUAUUGAAGUGUGUGAAGAACUAAGUACUCCUUUACUGCUUUCAUAUGAAGUAAUAGAAAUAGUGUCCAGGUGCUGCCAUUUCAAUGCACUUGAUUAAUUGAAUCAACUAGCAAGUGUGACCAGAUAUCAUCUGCAAUGAUCUUGGGAGGCAUCUGUUGCUGUCCACCAGUCUGGAAGGGUUGUUGUGCAAAUUCCAAACAGUCUGAAGUCCAUCAUUCUACAGUAGAAAGGAAUAUUUACAAGUGAUAAAUAUUUAGGAAUGUUCCUAAUUUUCUCAGGAGUGAAUGUCCCGGGAAAUUUAUCCCAAGGUGAUAUGAGCUGCAACGCUGAGUGAACAGGCCUCAUUUAGAAUGUUUAAGUUAUUAGCAGUAUACCUGGAAAACACUGAACCAAUAUGGUUUGUAUGGAACAGGAAAUGGCAGAUUUUGAACAUGAUUGAUUUUGAUUUUCUCCAAGAAUAGAAGAAUAGAAUCAUAAUGUGGAAGAAAUGACAUCAGCUAACUAUUUCACCAGUUAAUUAAAGUUUACUGUCUAACCCAUUUUUUUUUCCAGCUGACUCUUUUUGGGGAACAACAUGCUAGGCACAUCGUUUUUGUUGCUUUAUAUAAAACAUGUUUAUUGGAGUUACAGCAGCAGCUAAUAUAGAAUUGUUUUGGUUUGGUUAGCAGCUAACAGGCUAACCCUGCUAGCUCAACAGCAAGCAAGGUUAGCUGUUAACUGCUUUAGUGCAGUAGCAUACAGCUAAAGAAAAGCUGGUGAAAAACUCCUCUGUCAUUAAAUAGUGUGUUAUUGGAGAAGAAAAUUAAUAAAAUAAAAAGAUUUUUUUUUAAAUAUUUUGUGAAUAUUUUCUGAAAAAUUCCUUUCAAGCUAAAAAAAAUGAUCAAGCAACUUUUUAUAAUGAUUAUAUCCUAAAUCAUCUCACAAAUUACAACUUAACGUUUACAUUUAUUGUUCUGUUGAUUGUUUAUUUCAUACUAAUUUAUUGAAUACUGAACACUUUGAGACUCCAUGUGUGUUAGCUAGAUAAGCUGUUAGCAUUGGGGUUGGUAUACUUGGUAUUUGCAUAAAAGCUUGUUGUGUUGAAAAAACACAGAGAAGAAAAACACAUUCCCCUUCAUAUGUGACGUGGCCUGAUAUGUUGGCCAAAUCUCAGGGCUUAUGCAGAGUUAAGGACAGGCUAACUCAGGUUUGGCUUAGAAGGAAUAAGAAAAGGUUUUCUCUCAGGUCUUAGGUCGACUUACUCUUCAGCUGGAAACUGUGCCCUUGUCUCGAGAGCCAAAACGGCCCCUAUAUCAGAGAGGUGUCCGACUCUUUCUCUGAUUUAAACUGUGAACACCAUGGCGCCAUUUUGGUGCCACGAUUGAAACUCUUGUCUCAUUCAUCCACACUUUGGGCCCCCCUUGCUGUGUUUAUGGCACCAUCAUAGGCACUAUAAAACAUGGACGUAGCUAUCUGAGGUCCCGUUUUGAAGCCACAAGAUGAACAUUUCUGUUGUCGCCAUCUUGGUUGCAAGACAUUGGAGCCAAUGAGGAGAAGCAGCAGUGAAACUGCUUGCUCACUGGUUAAUAACUUGUGAUUGACAAGUCGUUAGACAGUACUUGAGCAGUAAAUGCCACUGCUAAUCUUCCUUUUUGAAACAUGAGAUAACAAAGAUUUUACUUUUUAAUUUUUUAUUGUGUAUGACCCAAAACAAGUGACUAAAGUAAAGUUUUAGCCAAAGACCCCUACAGUCUUUUUGCAACAACAGCUAUUGCCAUCUGGUGGCCUUCAGAGAGAAUGCACAUUUUUAGGCACUUCUGCAUUGGCUUUAUUUUUAGGACCAGGAAGCUGCGAUACUUUUUUUUUUUUUCCACAAGUCCCAUUCAAACAUGUUUCGGGAUUCCUGCAGUGAGGUGAACAGCUCCUUUGACUCUAAAAGCAUUUUAAAAUCUUACAUACAUCAUCUCCCAUUUCUUGUGUUUCAGUAUUGGAAAAAAGAAAGAAGAGUUGUUUUGUUUUCCCUUCUUUUAUUGAUUCUGCAUCUAUGGUUAAAACACCCUGUUGUUCUGGAUCACUGUUCGAUGAUGUCACUAAGUUUACUGCGUCCAACUGUAUAUGUGGUUAAAAAAAUGAAUAAAGAUGACAAAGUGG